CUGGGGCUAUUUAUUACAUUAUCAGUAUAGCUCUAUGGGCUAUUACUAGUUUUACACCUGUGCCAUUAACCUCGCAAUACGUGAUUUGGAUCUCCUGUUUAAUUCAAUUCAAUCUGUAGACUUUUGAAUUGCACUUUCUAAAUGAGGCUAGAAUCCAUGCACUGAAAUCAUGGAAGGUCAGGAUGGAGGUAGAAGCACUCCUUUGAACCAACCACACUCAAGUUCAUCAGUACCUGUGGCAGACCUUGAGAUAAGAUCUAAUGCUGGACCUGUGGUAAAGAGAAAGAAAGUAAUUCAGAUGAAUGAUGAGCAGUGCCUUAGCCACUCUAUGACUGCAGAAGGGGCAAUGCCACUUACCAAUCCUAAACCACAAGGAUUGUCAAAGUCACGGAAUUGGGAUGCCAACAGGGGACUUUAUCCAAGACAGAAAUCUUCCAGAAAUCAUUGGAGCCCGAAGAAAGGAAGCAAUGCUCGUCCGGGACAUCCUGCUUUAUUGGGAUCACCUAUGAAGCAAGGAAAACUUGAUGCAUAUUUUCCAAUAUCACCUAAGAAGACACCCAACAGUAAUCUGCCAAGCAACAGGGAUUAUGCACAAACCAAUCCAAAUCAUGCAUGUCCUCAGUCUUUUGGUAACAAGCAAAAUGAAUCCUCAGCUGGUACAAGUAGCUGGAAAAGUCCAGGAAAGUGUACUCAUGCGACUUUAGGAACUCUGCCUGCCAGUGGAAAUCACAAAGCCAGCCCUCAGUAUACCACAUCCACUCCUGUGACCAAUGUAGGAAACUGUAAUACAUUUCCUGCUUCAACUAGUUCAAAAAGUGGUCAUUCUUCAGUGAAAUCUCUGUUUCAAGCAAAAGGUACAUCAAGACAUUCUACAGAUAUUGUUAAAGCAUUUGAGGAAGAUGACUUUAUAACGGCUGAAAUGUUUGAUCAUGCUUUGGGAAGCAAUGAGCAAGACCAGUCAUCCCAAGGGUUGAUGUCGUCAGUCAAGACUGAAGAAAAAUACCCAGAGACUGCAGACUUUGAGAAGGCACUGGAUGAGGAAGAUCCGCUGACAACAGAGGAGUUUGAUGAUAUUCUGCAAUCCUCGCAAAGUCCUGUCAAAUUUGGACCCCUGAAAUCCUCACCGAAGAAGACUACCUUUGGUCUCCUUGGAGAAGAAGACCAGUCAUUUUCUGAUGAUAUAGAAGAUGACGUGGAUCAUUUUAAUCGUCUUCCUGAUGAGCUUCUGGAGAACAUCUUUGGCCAGUUACCCAUUCUGGAUAUGUGCCUUACAGCAUCUAGUGUUUGUAAGAGGUGGAACAGCAUCAUAUCAAGUGAAAGGUUCACUCCAUGGAAAAAGAGGUACCACCAGAUGAAGAAAAUUCAGAAUUCUGCAUACAUCCAGCAAAUUGAAGUCCUGAUCUCAAAUGGAAGGGGAAUAACAAGUAGAGAUUGUUUGAUGCGACUUAUAGAGUAUAUGAAGAACUUACGUGUUUCAGAUAAGUCUGCUGUAAAUUAUCUGAAGGACCACCCAAGGUACAAUGAAGCAGUACAAGUUAUGAAAGGAAGGACACCAAACAUCUUUGAAAAUCAAGUAAAUUUCAAUGAUGAUGUCCCUCACCCGUGGUGUACCGUUGCAACUAUUGUGAUAUUAUCACAGUCGGCUCAUGAAGUGUUGCGUGUGUUAGACUGUCUUCUACUGAGGAAGGAACCAGUUUCAAGAAUGGAUGUAUCGGAGUGUUUGUACUGCCUUGCAUCAGCUCUAUUUCUCUUCCAGAAGAGAUUCAAGAUUAACAGAGGACUUCACUACAGGGUAUUUCAUGCCUUACAUAUCCUGGAGAGCGAUGGGGCUGGUAAUGAUGAAGAGAUGACAAACACUGCUAGAAGAAGCAAUAGAGGACAACAGUCACUCUUCAGAUACGGUCAGAGGCAAGGUAUAAGCCUGACUCCAGAGCAGCUGCGGAUCAUCAAUCAUAAUCUUCUCCCUACAGAUACUAUCAAAAUCAUUGCCUUUGCAGGUACGGGGAAGACAACAACUCUCAUCAAAUUUGCUCAGUUGAGACCACAUCUCAGCUUUCUCUACAUCGCAUUCAACAAAACAGUGCAGCAACAAGCAGUGGAGAAGUUUCCAAAGAACGUUGAAUGCAGGACCCUUCAUUCUCUUGCAUAUAGGGCAGUAGGCUUCAAGUACAAAGGUAAGAUGGGUACCAUGCUGAAGCCAUACUUUAUCACUUCACUCUUGCCGAAGGUCGAUAAAAAAGAGGUAAAGAUACAUCACAUGACCCUUGCCAAGUAUGUCUGCACAACCAUCAAUCACUUCUUGGCUUCAGACGAUGAGUUCAUCACCACUGCUCAUGCUCCAACGAUGGACACGACGCGUGUACCUAGGCGGGAAUUGGAUCACAGCACCAGAAUGGUUAUUGCAAAUGCUGCAGAAAAAGUGUUCCAAUCUCUGUGUGAUGUGAACAACAAAGAUGCUAAAAUAACACACGAUGUUUACAUGAAGUUGUAUGAGCUCCAGCAUCCGACACUUGAAGGCUAUGACUGUCUGCUUAUUGAUGAAGCUCAAGAUCUCACACUAGCUCAGCAGAGUAUCUUGCUUAAGCAGCGGUGUGCUAAGAUCUUGGUGGGUGAUCCGCAUCAGCAGAUCUAUAGCUUCAGAGGUGCUACCAAUGCUAUGGCAAGAGUGCAAGCCACAAGGAUGUACCACCUCACACAGUCCUUCAGGUUUGGUCCUGAGAUUGCUUAUGUUGCUAGCUGUCUUCUAGAAGUACUCAAACAGGAAACUAAGAGCACAAUAAUUGGUACAGGACCUAAAGGUCAAGUAGAUGGAGGUUGUGUAGGUCAGCUUGCUACCAUAUGCCGCAGCAAUGCCACUCUUUUCACCGAGGCAGUCAAGUUGGUCGACAAUAAUGAGAAUGCCAAGAUCCAGUUCUCUGGUGGCAUAGAAGGCUAUGGCUUUGACAAGAUCUUGGACUUGUACUACUUGAGUCUACCGCCAGAGCAAAGAGGAAAUUACAAGAUGAAGGAUAAAUUCAUCUCUCGAUUCAAGACUUUUGAAGCAAUUAAGGCCUACGCUAAUACAGUUGAUGACAUGGAACUGCAAUCGCGCAUCAAACUUGUCAUGCAGUAUCAUUCCAGAAUACCAAGUUUGGUCCAGAAAAUAAAACGAGCAGCAGUCAAAAUGAAUGGAGCAUACCUCCUUACAACUGCCCAUAAAGCUAAAGGAUUGGAGUAUGACACUGUGAAACUCACAGAUGACUUCUUAAAUGAUCCUUAUGAGCAGAUACCUGUUGGCACUCAGAGUCUAGAAGAUGAGAAGAACAUUCUAUAUGUAGCUGUUACUAGAGCCAAGAAAAGUCUUCAACUCAACAGAUCCUUGAAAGACUAUCUCAGCAAAGUUCAGGAAAAGUUUGAAUAUCCAGUUCUUGCUAGCAAGGUGAAAGGAGAAAGUGGGCCUCCAAAAUGCCAAGAAUGUGGAACAGUCCAGAAUGAUGAACAACAGCUUCUUCUUUUAGAAAGAAAACAAAUAAAGCUGACACAUUCCGUUCGGCCAAUGACAAUUGAUGGUGGGUUUGUAUGUCCCAAAUGUGUAGAGGCACCAGGCUUUGAAGAGCUUUAUGGGAAACCCCCACCAACUGAAGAGGAACUUCUUGCUAUGGAGAGGGCCGAGAUUGCCCAACAGCAAGCUAUUGGACUGUUCAUAUUGUUUAAUCCUUGAAGCUGCAGAACUGUUGAGGUCUUUGCACAGAGAAUAACACCCAAGUUCUGUCAGGGAGAUGGUUCAUAAAAUGGUGGAAAUGGAUUGAUUCUGUGUACUAUUCCAAAGUGACAAUUCACCCACAUAUCUCUAGUAAGCAAGGUGAUCAGCAGAACAUUGCCAUGAAUGCAUCUUAGGAUAUGAUCAUUUGGCCUGGCGACAGUGCCUUUACUGUUCCAUUUUGUAGAAGCUAAAAUUGGAAUUGUUAUAUUUAGUUGGAGCUGCUGAAAUUCUACUCUGAGACAUUAAACAAGCAAGCUGAAAUAUUCUCAUUUCUCUGGAUUUUCUAAACUGUUACGUAUGGGAUGUUGCAGAAAGCAAAAUCAUGUGAACUUCUCAAUUACGUGUAUAUGCAUCCUGUUGAUGGCGAUCAGAAAUGAAAUGUAUCAUGGUGCUUUAGAACUUGAUAAUGGACUCUAUGUUAUAUAACCAAAUUCAUGUGAUUGUGUGAUGAAUGUAAUAUCUACUGCCUUUGUUCUAUCUGUCCACAACAACUAGAUACAGCCAAUUAUACUUUAUCAUAAUUUGUAUGAAAGAUAUUGUAUAUUUAUAUUGUUAAUCAUUCUUUUAUACAUGUUAUUGUCUUUGCCAAAAAGCAUUUGUCUUUGUACUUUAAACAAGGUUUGCAGAAAAUUAAUCUGUUAGUGGUUUCAUUUAUCCUUCUUAUGAAAUAUUACAACUUCCAGUGUGCAAGAUCACUUUUUUUGUAUUUUAUGUGAUGUAACCUAAUUAUGAAAAUCAAAAUUAUGUUUAUAACAUCAGUGAAGUAGAAAAACUCUCCAUUUGUAUUAAUUUCAUAUUAGGUAAAGCCAACUUUAUACAAAUAAUGAAUGUUUGUGAGUGCAAUGGACAGAAUACUUC